CCUGGUUGGGGCGGCCCCAGCAUUGGCUCCGCGGGCCAGGGGCGGGGCCUCAGGGGCCACGGAUCGCACUGAGUUCACAGCCGGGAACGCGUCCCAUAGCCUCGCGGUCCAGCUCCAGAGCUUUCGCAGCCCGCGGGUCCGCCGCCUGAGCGCCUUAAGCUCUUCAGCCCCAGACCGGACCGGGGAGCCUGCGAGAACAAGACCGGAGAGCCCCUUGGUGCCCACCAGAGCGCCACCUUUCUGCUGCUAAUUUUCCAGAGCAUUUUCAACUCUUCUGGGAGAGAGUGAUCUUUGUUAUCUCAGCCCUCUGACUUCACUGAUCAUUAAUCGUCCUUUUUCUCAUUCCCCCGGCCAACUUCAGUCACGCCCCACACCCUUGUCUGGGCCCUUGGGCAAGGUUUGGGUGUCUGAAAACCCCCCUCUGGGUGUGUCCGGCUGAGGUGGUGAGAAGAGGCAGCCGGAGGCCGUGGUCCCCGAGGGUGCGCCGUCCCCAGCCCCUGCAGCCCGGCCCCGGGCGCGGAGAUCGCGAUGUCCACCAAGGUGCCCAUCUAUCUAAAGCGCGGGAGCCGCAAGGGCAAGAAGGAGAAGCUACGGGACCUGCUGUCCUCGGACAUGAUCAGCCCGCCGCUGGGGGACUUCCGACACACCAUUCAUAUCGGCAGCGGCGGUGGCAGCGACAUGUUCGGUGACAUCUCCUUCCUGCAGGGCAAGUUCCACCUCCUGCCAGGGACGGCGGUCGAGGGACCCGAGGAGGACGGCGCCUUGGACCUCCCGUUCCAGUUCACCCGCACCGCCACGCUGUGUGGGCGGGAGCUCCCCGACGGGCCGUCCCCUCUGCUCAAGAACGCCAUCUCCCUCCCUGUCAUCGGGGGCCAGGCCCUCACCCUGCCCGCAACUCAGGCCCCACCCAAACCCCCUCGCCUGCACCUGGAGACCCCACAGCCUUCCCCACAGCCUUCCCCACAGGAGGCAGGGAGUGUGGACAUCUGGAGAAUUCCAGAGGCUGGCUCUGCCCACAAUGGGCUGACGCCCGAGUCGGGGGCCGAGGAGCCCUUCCUGUCCCAUGCCAGCUCCUUGCUCUCCCUGCAUGUGGACCUGGGGCCUUCCAUCUUGGAUGACGUCCUCCAGAUCAUGGACCAGGACCUGGGCCACGUGCAGAUCCCCACAUAGAACCACGGCUGGCCAGGCUGGGUGCUCAGGGUGGAGUGAAUGCUGGAGGCAGGGGGUGGAUGGAGCCCUGGCCUAGACGUCGGGAUCCCUAGGCGCCCCCUGUGUGGUCACUGGCCAGUGAUUUCUUUUCUUUGAGCCUUUGUUUCCCUCGCUCCCACCCUCUCCUCAUGGGCAGAGCGUGCCUCAUUGCCUUCCCCUAAAGCUCACCGAGGACACGUGCAGAAGUCAGCCCAAAGUGCCCUGAGCAUCUCGGGCCACCUGGACCCCUCCCCCCCAACUGCUCCUCCUUCCCUGAGACCCCUUGGAUGAAGGCUCCGCCGAAAUGGAGUCCCCUUUCCACCUCCCUUCUGCCUCAGCCCCAUGGGAUGCCCUGACUGGGGGCUGGGGAAGAGGCAAGGCACAGCCAGCCAGAACUUUGGCUUCGCUGUCCUGGACUAGGAACGUGGCAUUGGUGACCGAACGUCCCUCUGCCCCACCCUCGCUCACAUGACCGGGAGAUUCUGGUCGCAAUAAAACUUGCUGCUGCUGACA